AUGCCCAAGAUCUACAAGCCCGGCAAAGUUGCUAUCGUUCUCCAGGGCCGCCAGGCAGGAAAGAAGGUCGUUGUCAUCAAGCAGCUCGAUGAGGGCACCAAGGAGCGGCCGUACCCUCACGCGAUCGUCGCCGGCGUCGAGCGCUACCCCCUCAAGGUGACGAAGCGUAUGGGCGCGAAGAAGGUUGCGAAGCGGAGCAAGGUUAAGCCCUUCAUCAAGGUCAUCAACUACUCGCACCUCUUCCCCACCCGUUACGCACUCGAGCUCGAGGGCCUCAAGGGUGUUGUCGGCUCAGAAACGUUCAAGGAGGUUUCGCAGCGGGAGGACUCGAAGAAGCAGAUCAAGAAGCUGCUGGAGGAUCGUUACACGGGCGGGAAGAACAAGUGGUUCUUCCAGCCUCUUCGCGUGCGUAUUCUCUUGCUCUCCCGCAUUUUCUUCCCCAUCCCCUUGUACUGA